ACUUGUGAUAUGAUUCAGAGCAGUAAGUUACAGUAAGAGCAGUUCACAACUGACGGGAAAAAGAGGAAGACUGUAUAAGAUAUAUGUUUGUUAAACUGUAGAGGACUUCGGACGUGAACAGAAGAUAUUUCAAGAGAUUUGUGGACGUGACAGGAGAUCAGGACUGAUGGAUGUAUUUCGGGCUGUGUUGCUCUGCUUUCAUGUGUUUACUGCGAUUCAAGCGAGUGGUGAUCAUCACUCUCUCAGAGUCUCUGUGCCUCAUCGGACCUACGAGUGUCCCGAAGGUGCUGAUGUCAUUCUGAAGUGUGUUCCGUCCGGGACCAAGGCUUACCCGCAGGACACCUUCUGGACUACCUGGCUCUACACGCCUCGUUCACAGGACCACUGUCAGAAGGGAGCACAUCCGCGCAAGGCCAAUCACACCAACCGCUCUCUAGGAGUGGUAUACUCCAGCGGAGACAAGGUCUUCUCAGUCUCACUGAAGAACGUCAAGCAUACGGACCAGGGCAAAUACUGCUGCUGGCUUCUGGACCUCCAUGGCAGGCACAAGGAGCAGGAAGCCCAUGACUUCAUGUACCUCUCUGUGAUGCCAACACCCAAAGAUGCACAUAAUGGGAGUCUGAAAUGUUUGGAAUAUUCUCACACUGCUUCAGAUGACUCUGUGGCUGAAGGUCUGGCUAUCGCAGCCUGUGUUGCUUUUGUUCUGUGCCUCCCGCUUAUUCUGAUGCUGGUUUACAGACAGAGACAAACAGUAGAGCGACACAGACGUGCACAUGAACUGGUGCGAAUGGACAGUGAAGCACAGGGGCAUGAGAACCCAGUGUUUUUGGGUGAUUCUCCAGAACCUAAAAUGCGGACAGUAUCCCAAAUAAUGAUGAGGCAGCCAUCUGAAACAGGACACCACCUCCUGUCAGAACCAGGAACUCCAUUCUCUCCAAACAUACAAGGAGAACUGUUUUUCUCAGCACAGGGUUUGCCAGAAAGCAAUAUCUGAGCAUUUCACAACGCGAUCACAGGGAAAUUUCAUCAAGAGGGUCCAAAGAUGUCCUUUUUAUGCUGUUCGAGUUGCACACACCUCUGUUUAUCACAAGCUGAGAUGCACCGCGGCUUCAUUUGCACUUAAAUAUGUCUCUUUUUAUCCAAUCUGUAUCUCUUCUAGACUUCAGGGAUAUUUUAAUACCUCACGCUCUCUUGUUUUGGAGUACUCAGCGCUUCUUGAGUACUUCCUCGAUGCAAACUGCCAAAGCACUCGCUUUGUCGCUGAAUCAAUGCUGGUGCUGGUCCCAGAUUUGAAGGUUGACCAGACGAAUCAGCAGAUCUCAGAACUUCUAUGACUGUGCUUGUUUUAAAGCUUCAAAACUGCUGAUGAUGCCACAAAGGCUCUAUCCUGGGACCUUCACCGUUGUGAAUCAGUGAAAAAGCAAUGUUCUCGAAACACUCGCCAUCAAGCCUGCUGAGCAAUGAUGGGCUUUUUAAAAUCUUUUCGCGGUGAGUGUGGUGCUUUAACCAUAUUUGUAGCUUAUUUUAAAUGCAUUCUUGAAGAACGAGUGCAGAUGAUUGUGGUAAAUGUUGCAUUGGUGACAAUCAAACACAGUUGCGCCUCUAACGUCACCUGUGGCUUUAAGGAGCUGAAGACUCAUGAAAGAUUUUUAUCUUUUGUACUCAUUUUUUUAUUGGAUGUGUGGGGUAUGAGUGAAAGUGUAUAACUGUUCCUUCAAAUGGUAAAAAAAAAUAAGCAAAGAGCUUGUAAACAGGAAGCUUACAUUUAAAACCACUGCCAUAAAGAGUGCCAUAACCUUGCUUUGUAUAUGAAUGAAGAAUGAUUGCAAACACACAUUGUAAAUAUGCUGAUGAAUUUGCCAGUUUGUACAUUUGAACAUGUGACUGUAUAAAAGAUGUAACAUAUAUGUAGCUCUGAUGACAUGUCAAAAAACAAAUGCUUAUUACUCUUUUAUAAAAGUACAAAGAAAAUAAAAAGUUCUGCUGAAA